AUGGAGAAACUUGAAUACCUUGAGUAUUUCAAUGUUUCAUUCAAUGAACUCAUUGGUGAAAUUCCAAAUGGAUGGCCUUUUAAGAACUUUACCUCAAAUUUUUUCAUUGGAAACAGAGAAUUGUGUGGAGCAUCUCAAUUUAAGAUCAAGUCAUGCAUAGGUAAUACAACUCGAUUAUCAAGCAAUACCAAAUUCUUGAAGUACAUUUUACCAUCAAUUGCUGUUGUAUUGAGUCUGGCCAUUACUGUGGUUUAUUUGAUAAGAACCCAUAGUAGAAAUACAUUUCUUCCUGCUCCGUCUACUUCCCCUGUCACUAUCAAAAGAAUUUCAUAUUAUGAAGUACUAAAUGCUACAAAUAAAUUUGGUGAAGAGAGACUAAUUGGCAGAGGCAGUAUUGGUUUAAUGUACAAGGGAAUAUUUUCAGAUGGAAUGAUUGCUGCUAUUAAGGAUUUUAACCUAGAUUUGGAAGACUUUGGCAUUGCUAAGCUUUUCACUGAAGACCAGAAAAAUUCGAUUACCAAGACAUUGGGCACCAUUGGAUAUAUGGCUCCGGGUAAAUAG